AUGCCACUGUUUAUGUUGGCGGCUUGGAUGAGAAGGUGUCAGAGCCGUUACUGUGGGAGCUCUUUCUGCAGGCAGGUCCUGUGGUCAACACACACAUGCCCAAAGACCGGGUCACAGGCCARCAUCAAGGUUAUGGCUUUGUGGAGUUCCUUAGUGAAGAAGAUGCAGAUUAUGCCAUUAAAAUCAUGAACAUGAUUAAGCUUUAUGGAAAACCAAUUCGGGUCAACAAGGCCUCAGCACACAACAAAAACCUGGAUGUUGGUGCCAACAUCUUUAUCGGUAACUUGGACCCGGAGAUCGAUGAGAAACUGCUCUACGACACAUUCAGUGCCUUUGGCGUCAUUCUCCAAACGCCAAAGAUCAUGCGAGACCCGGACACCGGCAACUCCAAGGGUUAUGCUUUCAUCAACUUCGCCAGUUUUGAUGCAUCUGACGCGGCCAUCGAGGCCAUGAAUGGUCAGUAUCUGUGCAACCGGCCCAUCACGGUGUCGUACGCCUUCAAGAAAGAUUCCAAAGGGGAGCGCCAYGGCUCGGCUGCGGAGCGGCUGCUUGCUGCGCAGAACCCUCUCUCGCAGGCAGACAGACCUCACCAGCUGUUCGCAGAUGCUCCACCACCACCAUCUGCACCGACACCGGUCCUGACCUCACUGGGGCCAGCCAUUCCUAUUCCAGGUUUACCGCCUCCUGGUGCAUUUCCUCCCGUUCCUCCACCCGGAGCGAUGCCUCCAACGAUGCCCCCAUCGAUGGGCAUGCCUCCAACAGCAGGGGCACCAGGUCCACCGGUUACUGCUGGAGGACCUCCACCGGGUCCACCGCCUUUCCCAACCAAUAUGCCUCCAGGUAUACCUCAGAUGCCCAUGCCACCUCCUGGUCCUCCUGGAAUGGUACCUCCGGCUCCACCUGGCUCGGCUCAACGGGCCCCACUGCCCCCCAACAUGCCCCCACCACCGCCUAUGGGCAUGCCGCCCAGAGCUCCGUUUGGACCUCCCAUGGGUAUGAGAGGACCUCCUCCAAUGCCGCCUCCAGGCUACGGCGCUGCUCCUCCCCGUCCACCUCCUUUUGGUUUCCAGAGAGCUCCUCCGAUGCCACCGAGACCCCCAGGUGUCCCCCCUCGGGUUCCUUGAGAGCAUUUAAAGCCACUGUAAUCCCUGUCAGAAAGUCAUUGAUACUUUUUAAACUCAUGUUUAGUUUUACUGACUUUUGUUAUCGUGGAAAUAAUUUAACCACCUGUUUUUGUUUAUUGUACAGACUAACAGAAUUUGGCAAAUAAAUUUUUAGCACAACUUU